CGGAUUGAAGUGUUGGCAUCGUCCAAAUCCCGGUGCAACGGUUGGGGCCUUACACCACCUACAAGAAAUCUUGUAGAGGAGCUUGUUGCGUACCGGCUGGACACCCGGCCCGGCAUCCCUGUUCUGCAACACUUGUUGUUGAGUACCCCAAGGUACUCGCCCAAGGCGCACGCUUCACUUUUCUGCGGCCCUUUACUGCACCCAAGCUAGACAAGUUGACUACAAUAUGGCAAGCCGGCCGUCCAAAUGGAGGAUCCUUGCUGUCUUUGGCGGGCUUGACCUGGAUGCAAUUGAGGACAACACAGAGCCUUCAUGUGGGGCAAUGGCGGAGUUCACCGAUCUAGCCGGAUCAUCAGCAGAGUUGCUGAUGCUGCGGGACAAGACUCUGGAGGAUGUGGCCAAGCAGCUGACCGUGUGGCGGCCAAACUUGGUGUACUUCAGCAGCGGUGCAUCACCUGUCACUGAAGCUGGGCACAGAACACUCAUGCAUCUUUCCUUCAAGGCCGCAGACGGCAUGGACGUUCCUGUGGAACCUCAAGAUCUGGCAGCCAUCCUUGAUGGACAGGAGAUUGAUGCAGUCUACUUUGAUGGCUUUGUGACUGCAGCGCACGCGGAGGCUCUGAGGGAGCAAGGCGUUGCCCAUGUCGUGUACUGGGACAAGAAACUGACGCCCAGCCCAAAGGCUCUGCACGUCACACAGUUCAGCCAUGCCUUCUUUGCCACACUGAGAAACAGGAGCGCAACCAUUCCCGAGGCCUUUGCCGUAGCCCUGCACUCUGGGCACGCUCACUGCGGAUCCAACCCAGGGCCCAUGCUGCGGCCCUCUUGGCUCCCGGAGCUGGUGUCUGACUUCGAGCCUCUGCUGCCCAGCAUCGACUCAGUGCCCCUGCCACUGGUGAGAGGAGCAGACUUCAAGAACGGCGUGGCGGCAGCCGUGCCUGGCUGGGAGAAUGUGCGCCUCCUGGCGCCCCACGCUGAGCUCAGGCUCCUGGUGUGCGGCCAAUCCACAAUCAUUGACGCUCACCGCCUCAGCUAUCUGGGCGAGGCCCUGAGGGCGCUGCUGGUGUUGGAAGUGCGCCAGCUCGUGCUUGCAAGCCACAACCCCUGCGAGCGCACGCCCGCCCACCUGCCCGCCAACGCCACUGCCACCCGCUGCUCCAUGCGCUGGGCCUCCAACGCGCACGCCACUGUCGUCCUGGGCGGACCCCCGCAAGUGCUGGGCCAUGACAGCCUGGUAGAGUACGCGCUGCGGCAGACUCUGGUGGCAGACGCUCUCUCCCUGCAGUUCCGCCUGCCGCCCGCCGGCAUCCCGGCCCCCGUCGCGCGCCGAUCAGCGGCCAUCGCCAACAACACCGCCGUCGUCGACGCUCUGGUCGUCACCUCCGUGUGGGCGGUCCACCUGCUCCGCACGCUGAGCCAGUACACAAGCUUCAGGGGCCUCGUCGCCCUGGGCUUCGGCGGCGUGGGCUCUGCCAGGGUGGCCGGCUUCAACUCCACAGAUGCCGCCAGAUACUCGGCCCUUUCAGAUGCCUACGACACCCCUGAGGCUCUGCAGGCAGCCGGUGCUCUCCCUGCGGCGCUGCCUGGAGGCCAGCCCGGCGCCGGCCCUUCGGCGCCAUCGGGGCCUGCCUCCUACCCGACCAUGCUCGCGCCCAAGCACCCCGACGCACAGAAAGAUGCGGACGCCCAGCCAGGCGGCAGCAGCUCUCAAGCCCAGCCCGCCAACGGGCACGCCAAGGAGGAGGCGGAUGAGGACGAGGGGGCGGGAGCAGGAGCAGCAAAGAGGAGGAAGCUGACGGAGGCGGCGGCGGCGGUGCCGGUGUGGGUGUCGAAGCGGCCGCGCAUGUGGGAGUGCAGCGAGGCGCAGUUCUUGGAGGACCUGUGCGCCUUCCACUGCGAGCGCAACGGCAAGAACGUGACGCCCGAGACCUUCCCGGACGCCAUCCUCAAUGGAAGCCGCCUCGACCUUUACAACCUCUACAAGGAGGUCACCAGCCGCGGCGGCAUCAAAGUUGGCAACGGCAUCAACUGGAAGGGGCAGGUGUUCCCCAAGAUGAACAACUUCACCGCCCACAACCGCAUGACCGGCGUGGGCAACGCCCUCAAACGCCACUACACCAUGUACCUCCUGGAGUACGAGCAGGCUCACCCGGAGGAUGUGAUCAGGGACACGUGCGCGAUCUGCGGCGGCAGCGACGAGGCGGCGACGGACUGGAUCUCCUGCGACAGCUGCAACAACUGGGUGCACUUCUCCUGCGACGGCCGCACCAACCUGGGCACCUUCAAGGACUACGCCAAGGGCAACGGCGCCACCUACAACUGCAUCAAUUGCGCCAACGCCAAGCGCGCCUGAUCUUCUACAGGAAACAGCCGCAGACAGAGACGGCAGCGCGAUCUUCUGCAUUUCAAUUUGUGCAUUCCCGGCCCUCAAAAGUGGAAACAGGUGCAGACAAGAGAGGCAGCGCAAUAUUUCGGAGAUGGAUCCUGGGUGCUUGAAUGGCUGCGAAUGGAUGCACUGGCUGGAGUGGCUGGGUGCCACAUUGAGCAAUAGGAUGCAGGGGCCCGUGGCCAAGAAAUUUGCAGGUUUCGCUGUCCAUAGUCUGCUAUCUUCAAUAUCUACUGUAUAGAGAAAGCCUGCAAAGCUGCCAAUUGCAGAGCAUGGCUCCUGCAGCAUACUUUGAGGCAUGUGCUCACAAGAGAUACCCCAAUGAAAGCAAAUGUUGAAAAGUUGGCUGUGGGGAAGAGACGGGGCAGCGUGGUUUCCUCUGAGUUCUACAUGCCUCCUCAAUGGAUGUGUCUUUGUUGUUAGGUUGUAAUGACUACCAUGCGGGCAGAAGGAAGAACAUAUCUGUUGUGAGGAAAUCUUGAGAUGCUGUGUGAUAUAUGCCCACCCUAGCGCUACAUGUCGCACACCCCGUACCAAUCUAAUCCCUGCUUUGGUGCACCAAAUGGUGCAGAAUGCAUGGAACUCAUUGUAAACAGGCAGCGUGCUAUUA